AAGCAAUCCUGUUCACACUUUCGCAGAAAUUGUUUUGGAGAGGAAGACCAAACUCAUCGGCAACCCAGCUGAAAGCAACAAUGGCAGGCGGAAUCAAUGAGGAACCGACAAGGAUGAGAGGAAUUCGUCGUUCAUGGUUGGCAAUUGGCGGAGUGGUUACGACUACGUUUCUGGGAGGUGUGAGAGGAGAUUAUGCCGAUAUUGGAGCCUCCAGUGUAGAUGUGAAUCCCCCGUCCCCAAAGUCAAUAUGGGAAGAAUCCAGAGAACGAAGAGAUGCGAUACGACGAGAACGACGACAGAAGAUCAAACAAAUCAGAAACUUGCAGUUGAUUGAUGGAGAUCAAGAAAACCAAUCGGCAUUCGAUGAAACCUUUGAGCUUUUGUUUCGGGAUUUCCAGUUCAGCAUGAGCAUGGAACCGAUUCCUACCAAACCACCAAUAAGGCCGCCCAUUCCGACACCUGUGGCAUUCCCCACGCCUCGACCAACUAUCAAAUCGUCUACCGCUAAUCCAACAAAAGGAGAGACAAUCAUUACUGAUAGUCCUACCAACUCCCCUGUUCAGACCCCGAGACCCACAAAGAAGCCAACUACUAGACCAACCCCAAAACCAACUCCAUUUUUCGCCUUUCCUACUCGCAAACCAACUGCACAGCCGAUUACUUCAACUCCAACAUUUGUUCCCACUGGCGAACCUGUCCCGGAUCCCACACCUUUGCCAACAUCAGAUCCCACUCCCGGGCCAUCACCUAUAUCCACCAAUAUGCCUGUUCCAGAUCCUACUCCUAGGCCAUCUCCAGACCCUACUCCUUUGCCCACAAAGCUACCUACUCCAAAUCCUUCACCUGCUCCCACAAGAAGGCCAACACCAAACCCAACUCCCAAUCCUACUGAUGUGGAUCCUGUCCUUCCACCAACAAAUCCAAUCGUCCCACCAACAAAUUCAGUCACACCAAGGCCAUCUCCCUUGCCUACAAAUGAUCCCACACCCUUGCCAACAACAAAUCAACCAACACCUUCUCCAACAAAUCAACCCACUCCUAUACCUACUAAUCCCCCAAGUCCUUCUCCAACAAAUCCACCUAGUCCAUUACCUACAACAAAUCAACCAACACCUUCUCCAACAAAUCAACCCAGUCCCUUGCCUACUCCUCAACCCACACCACAGCCAACAAAUGCACCUGUUCCCUUGCCAACAACAAAUCAACCCACACCUUCCCCAACAAAUCAACCUAGUCCCUCCCCUACUCCUCAGCCCACGCCACAGCCAACAAAUACACCGACUCCUCAACCAACAAAUGCACCUACACCACAACCAACAAAUGCACCAGUGGCACCUCCUUCUCCUGCACCAACUGACCCACCAAGCCCAUCUCCAACUAGGUCGCCCACCAGGCGCCCUACUAGCGCACCAUCUAGAUUUCAAACUCCAUCACCCAGUCGAGUGGCAACUUUAUCACCUGUAGCCAUUCCUUCAGCUGCACCAGUGAGAAGAGUUUGUGGUGGAUUGACUCCACGAGAACGGCUUGCGGCUCUAUUUGAUAUCGUUAUCACAAUUGCCGAUCCUAAUGUACUGAGAAUCCCAACCAGCCCUCAGUUCAUUGCAUUUGAAUGGCUUAUCAAUGAUGAUCCGGCCCAAGUUUGCCCCGAUGAUGAACAAGACGUACGGCAACGAUACGUGGCUGCUUUGCUGUACUUUAGCACCGAAGGAGACACCUGGCUCAAUUGCAACAGAGUCGACGCUCCCACGGUCAAUCCUUGCUCUGCCCAAGACAAUCAAGGGGACGCUCCUGAACGGUACUUGAGCGAAGAAGAUGUCUGCAACUGGUUUGGGAGUGACUGCAACAAUGCUGGGGACCUCAUUAGGUUAUCAAUCGACGAAAACAAUUUGGACGGGACCCUCCCAAGUGAGCUUGCCGCGCUGACCAAUCUCGUCUCCUUGGACUUUGAUUCCAACCCUCAGCUCGGAGGACAGUUGCCAGACGAAUUUGGCGAUCUCAGACAACUAACUUCACUCGAUAUUGACAACAGCACCUUCAGUGGAACUCUCCCUGAGUCCCUGUUCAGUCUGACUGCUCUGGAGUCACUUGACAUUAACUUAAACCGAUUCACGGGCGGCAUAUCUUCCAGUAUUGGUCAGCUGACAAAUCUCAACGUUCUGCAAAUAGACUCAAAUGCGUUUCAAGGGACUGUGCCACCUGAACUUCUUGAGCUGGAGAAUUUGAGUUUCUUCACGGCAGCUGACACCCAAUUGACGGGCGAGAUCCUUCCCUAUUUUGAAGGCCGAACCAACCUUCAAGUGCUGGGGGUCGGCGAGAAUUCGUUCACAGGUUCCAUCCCAACCUUCUUUGGCGAAUUUACGGAUCUAGAGGUACUUUCUCUGCUGGGAAAUGACUUUACAGGAACGAUUCCAACUCAACUCGGAAACCUGAGUAAACUUCAGGUGGUGUUUUUGCAUUCAACACUGUUCACGGGUACAAUGCCGAGUGCACUCUGUAACCUGCGAGUAUCCGGACAGCUAACGCAACUAACGGCUGAUUGUGCCGGUGCAAACCCUGCUGUUGAAUGUCCGCAGCCAUCCUGCUGCACUGCUUGUUUCCCAUCACGGCUGCCUCAAUAG